GCCUGUCCCGGAUUGUCGUGUACGCGCCGAUACAUCAGACCGGCAGGGAAACUACGGGAAAAUCCUCGACUACCGUUUCACAUAUCGUUGAAUAAUUAUGUACAAAACGGUGCGGAAAGGCGAUGCCAGCCUGCAGUACACGAUACUGCCACAGACGGAUCAGUUUUCGUCCGGCGGAUUUCCGCAAACUUCCGGUAAGCCCCGGCCGAGGAUCAUCAAGUAUACAAUGGGCACUGUGAUGGUCCUUAUCAUACUGUCCUGCGUGGCCACGCCGUUCCUGAUGAAUCAGAACGACCACAACCUUUUCGCCAGCACGAUGCUGGCGAUGAGCCGAGUCGAGCCGGUCAGAAACACAUCGAGAAGCCAAACGAAGGACAUUGGUGUUAGUAAGAACAGAAGCAGGAUUCCGACUACAUCGGUGUCGACGACCGAGGUCACUAGGAGGAAAGACCUCGAAGAUAGCACGACCCUUUUCAACGGAAUUCUCCGAGGGAAGGAGGAGGAGGAAGAAGCAGUAGUUGAUGAUACCACGUUAGCAGACACAUCGGAAAUUGGUACGCAAGCAAUUCCAAGCACGGAAACGUCGACGAGCGUCCGUCAAACGGUGACGACUUCCGCUCUACCGCCGACAACGACUCUCUCGGCGUCUUCGAGCGGCACGACAGAGGACACGAAGACGGCGAGCACACCAAAAAAACCGAAGAUGCCGAGGGUGACCCUGAAACUACGCGAAAACGAGACCAUACCGCAGAUGUACAUGAAGGCUGGAAUAGCCUCCUACAAGAAAGGCAAUAUCACUACUAGUGUUCUCGCACCGCGCCUGAGCCUCGAAGGCCUGAUAUUCAAAACGCCCGAGGGCACGAUAAAACCCUGGCCUCAAAAGUGGUUCUUCAGCGAUCCCUCGGCCGACUUUCAGUGGAAGGGCUCGACCCAAAUGCCGGUAACAAUUUACAUCGUCCUCGCGGGACUGGCCGCUUUAGCGAGCAUCAGUAUUGUCCUGAUGUUUUACGUGCAACGUAAGGCGAGACGUCAACGGCCGAACAUAGAGGAAUGUCCAGAAUGGCCGGAAGUCGAGGAACAUGAGGAAGACAAGUCGACUCUGCUGGGGGCGGAGAGCCAAGAGAUCGAGGAGAAGGAGUAAUUGUCUGGCAAGACAAGCACAACGCAUCCGUACAUAUAGCGCGCGUAAGACUUGCCUAUUUUUACAACACAACACAUCAGUUAGGUUUAGAGUCUUCCAGGUCGAAGGAUUGAACGUUGAGAAACGAGCGGACGGGAGGGAUUUUUUUAUAAUAUGCAACCGGAAUUAAUUAGAGAAUCGUAUUAGGACGAACGCGCUCCGUGACUCGGUCGCCUGAAUUGAGGAUGCAUGCACGAUAUUUUUUUCUCGCGAGAUUGCUCACCACAUUGUUGUUACGUCCGUAAGUUUAUAUUCUUCGCGCCAUAGCGAAUUUUUAAGCAAGGGAUUUUUCCGCGCAAAAGCGGAAACAAUCGUAUUGUACAAUCAUUCUUAGCGUUUGCACUUUCAUUUAGAUGCCAUUUACAUGUUUGUUAAGAAAUUAGCGACGGACCAGUUAAGUUUGUGGCAAUUGUGGUAUACUUCGACUAACGACUAUGAUUAAAAACGAUUAUAAUAAAUACGACAAUGAAUCUUGCGAUAGUCGAAUUGAUCAUGAAAAAUUGCAUAAAGAGAUUCUGUUAUAUAUUAUAUAAGCUUGCGAUGAAGUAGAGCAGGUUUUAAAAACCCACGGACGAACGCAUGAUGUGCGUGAAGACAAACUACAUAUACAGAGGAAAAAUACCUCACUGGCGAAUUAAGGAGACCGAAAUUUAUAAAAUCUUUCACAAAACGAUAAUUAUAAGACUCUUUCUUUCGCUUUCUUUAGAAUCUUUGUAUGAAGAAUUUUUGUAUUGUACAAAAUUUAAAAGGUCGACUUGACAAUGUCUAAAGAAAAAAAGCACCUAAAAAAAUAUUAAUAUUCCGGUUAGUGAACACAUAUAGAACAUAUUCUUGUAAGAAGAGAACGCAGGACUUAAGGUACAAAUGAUUUUAAAUUAAAUGAGAGAUUUAAUUCAUACAGUGUAUGCCGUAAGAUAGAUUAAAAUUAGUUUGAAAAUCUAGAGCAAGGAAAGAUAUAAUUACAAAUGUAAUAUG